CCUUUUCUUUUCCCCUUUGAAAGUGUCUCCACAAAGAACCAAACUUUACUACGCCAUUUCUCAUCACAACGCACAAAUCCUACCACCACUGUACUGGGGCCACCCCCUUCUCUCUCUAAUUUCUCUCUCCACCAGCAAAUUUUUCCUGGGCAGUUGAGACAAAACUAAACCAAUCUCCAAUGACAUAGCAGCAGCUGCAGCGCAAAUCUUUGCUGGAAUAUUGGCAUGUUCCUUCAUUCAUAUAUGGUUUUGUGUUUUUGAGGGAUUUGAAGUUGUUGAGAGGGAGAAAAGAUGGAAUCUUCCGAUCAGCAGAUGCGAUCGGUGGCUGAUACCAGAGGGAAGCAUCGGAUUUCAGCUGAAUUGAAGCAGCUAGAACAAGAAGCUCGCUUCUUGGAGGAGGAACUGGAACAGGUUGACAGAAUGGAAAAGGCUUCGGCUGUUUGCAAGGAAAUGUUGAGUAAUGUGGAAACAAGACCGGAUCCACUGCUUCCCGAAACUACAGGUCCUACGAACCCACUCUGGGAUCGGUGGUUUGAAGGACCAGCAGAUGCAUCUGGUUGCCGGUGCUGGAUACUUUGAUCAUUCAUGGCUGAUUAGGAAUUUCGCCAUUUAUUGGAGAGUCUAUUCAAAUCGGUACCCUUACAGCACGUUGCCUUACAGAUAGAUGUAAAGUGUGAACUGAGAAUUGUUUUGGUGUGCAGAAAAUUUGAUUUUCUUUGUAUUUGUUCCUCUCUUUUUUGUUUAUCAGGGAGAUGAAAUUCCAGAAUCCCAAACUCACAUCUCUCCCCUUAGUUUUGUAGUACAUAAUUGAGCAUUCUGCAGACUACAGAUUCCUUUUUCUUUUUUUUUUUUUUUUUUGGGUUUUUCCUGACACCAUGAGAUUGUUUAAAAUUUGAUUGUGGUCAAGUAUAAUUCAUCCAUCCA